AUGUUCAGAAAUAAUUAUCAGGGUGGAGCUGUGGUGGAGAUCUUCAGCGGGCAGGGAAAAGACCCUGUGGCUAAGUGGAAACUUUAUGGAGGACCCUCGGCCAUACAUAAAGAGUAUAAUAAAGAAGUGAAAGGAUUUGUUUACUGUCUGGAUGGGAGCAGCCAGACAGUCAAGAUGCAAAUGCCGGAGAAUGCCAAAAUGUCUCUUGGGCUUCUUCAAAGAUUUUUGGUGCUUCAAGUAAAUAUACCUCAAUGCAGUGAUUUUUCCACUGAGCUCUUAGUAACUGAUUCAGAGCAUCUUAAAAGAAGACUGCAUUUAUCAACAUUGCAUAAAGAGUUGUCUGCCACACCUCUGCAUGCAAGGAUACCUUUAUUUGGACUAAAACGCAACAUUUGGUCUACUUUGUGCAUCGACCUUGUAUCGUUGACCAGUGAGCUGUUCAAGGGAUUCCUGACUCUGGAUGGCAUCACUUUGUGUGCUACCUGUAAAGUCCGGAGAAUAUUCACAAUGAAAGCAGAGCCUAGGGUAACAUCAGAUCAUGACAUGUCCCUAUCUGGAGCCAGUCUGGUGGACUUGAUUCCUCGCAGUUGCCAGUACCCGCCAGAUGUGAACCAAGUCAUUCAAGUGUUGAAGAUAGAGAAUUUACCAAAGGCAGAUAUGAAGACUGGCGUUUGUAACUCUGACUGUGUUUCCACUGGCAAAUCAAGCAGCUAUCGAAGGAGUGGGUCCCAGGUUGUUGUACACACAGCCUCAGGGUCUAGAGCUUCAGGACCGGCCUCUCAGACUGGAAGAAAAGGCAAUGCAACCUCAGACAGAGUCUUUACUCACAAUACGGCACCUCCAUCUGAUAGAAUGAAACAAAAGGCAACGGUGGAGAGUCAGAACAUCUCCGACAUGGGGGAGAAUGUAUCAAAUUUGCAUGAAGGAGCAUCCGGCAGCUUACAACCCCGUCCACCCCGUAAGAGGCCAUUCAACAAGCAACAGUCGAAGAAGCCGUGGGUCCUUAGUGCAUGGAGAGACGACCCGGCAUCAGCAGAUGAGAGUAUCUGCAGAGCUGCCGAGGAAGGUUCAGGUGUCACUUCCAUACCGGCGGAAUUUCGGCUCCGCUCGAUCCAGACGGGUUUGUCUCCUGACCUGCAGGUCUGGAGCAGCUGGGAGAGUAAUGAGGGGUCCGAGCCCCCGCUCGGUCUGCAAGAGGAGGUGUUCACUUUCUCAUCCCCGCCUCACUCGCCCAGACGAGGGCAGGGGCAGAGUGACCAGGGGAGGAUGGAAAUGGGAGACGAGCAAGUUCACAGUAAAAGUCAGGGGCGCUGUGUUGCCCAGCCUGAAGACGACUUUAUCGGGAGUGAAAGUGAUGAGGACAACAGCUACACUGCGUUGCAGCAUCAAGCGAAAACCAGAGUGUCCAACUCUGCUCCACCCAGAACGCCUGCAGCAGCUAUGGAAGUGCAAGAGGAUUUACAAUCUUUUACCUUGAACCAAACAUCACAGAGGGUGCCGUCUAACACCAGCGUGCCGGUUCCACCCAGGGAGAGAGCUGCAGCGCCUGGGUUGGUCCCCACGCGCUGCCUCUCACCCAGCAGGCACCAUCACAAGUGUUUUCCCAGAGAGUCGGAGGAGGGAAACUUACACCAGAACGCCAGCAUCUCAGUUUGCAGAGGACUCCUACAAGAAGUGAAACUGAAUGACUCCAAGCAGCACAAGGAAGAAGACGUUGAGGCGCUUAUUGAUUCCAGUCAUUACAACGUACACCUGCUUGGCAGUCCACGGAUGCAUGGGGAUGAUGAUGAGGAGCUCCGAAUGCUGGCGAGCUUAAAGAGGGAGCAGGAAGAAGAUGAGUGUAGAGCCUCGGGCUUCAGUGCAUCCCAGAUCCACCAGUGCAAUGUCAGCAUCAGCAUGAGCAGCGACGACACCUCGACAUGGACUCACAUCUCAAUGCCAGCUAAUCAGGGACACCACUAUCAAAAGGAAAUGAACCCCCUCCUCCAGUCGAACCCCAGGGAAUGGAUGGACGUGCUUAGCCCUCCUAUUAUGCCCCCCAGCCAGCAGAGAAGGUCAGGCAACACACCGACUGGCGGCGAGAGUCUAGUCCGAGGACGGAACAAGUCGCUGAGUGAGGAAGAGAACGAGGAUGACUAUUUGAAUCUGCUCUAUGAUCCUUGCCUGAAAUGCUAUUUUGAUCCAAAGACGGGGAAGUACUAUGAACUGGCUUGAUUAGAAUCAAAAUUAAUAAAAAUCUAUUGAUGGCGAAUAAAUGACUUCUUCUUCUUUGACUCUGAGCUUUUCCUCAUUCAUA